GUCCCCACUUCGUCCAGCUCUGUUUCCAGCACGCCUCUUUUGAGCAGCUCUUUCCUUCCUCUUUCCCAUGGGUUUGGCAUGAUCCUGUCCCUUCCUUUCUUCCCCCUGAUUUCCUUUUGUUUUUCCACCCCAAUUUCACUUCCUAACCCUGUUUUCCUGCCAUGACACGACAAUCAUUCUCCCUUGAGUCAUCCUUACUUCCCCCCAACGUCCCCCAGCACUCUGACGUCUAUCCCCCUUCCUCCCCCCCAGCUCUGACGGACACGGUCCUCUCACCCCACUCAACCCUCCUCCUUUAUAAAGGGAUUUUCUUCUUUUUAAUCCGCGAUCCCCCCGUCGCAGCAUCAGCUCCCGGUGCACCGUGACGGGAAGAGGGAAGAGAAGAUCCUGCCUUUGCGCCUCCCCACCCUCCUCCCCUCACCAUAACCCCGGGCGGGGGCAAAGCCCCCGCGGCUCAGCCCCGACACCGCCCCGCGGGAUGGGCGGCCGUGCCCCGCAGGCUGCGGGGCAGCGCGGCGGCGGAGCGCAGAGGUCUUAAUGAAAUAGCAAUCAAAGAAACGGACAGGACUUCAACAUGGCUUUCCAUGCAGAGGGGCUGGUGGCCAUAAUUGUAUUCUACCUGGCUAUACUGGCGGUUGGGAUAUGGGCUGCUUGGAAAACCAAGAACACUGGCAGCGAAGGAGAUCGCAGCGAAGCUAUUAUAGUCGGUGGAAGAGACAUUGGCUUGCUAGUUGGUGGAUUUACAAUGACUGCCACAUGGGUUGGAGGAGGCUAUAUCAACGGGACAGCAGAAGCCGUGUAUGUCCCAGGCUAUGGUCUAGCUUGGGCUCAGGCACCUAUUGGAUAUUCCCUUAGUCUGAUUUUAGGUGGCCUUUUUUUUGCAAAACCUAUGCGAUCCAAAGGCUAUGUGACAAUGCUAGACCCCUUUCAGCAGCUUUAUGGAAAAAGGAUGGGAGGGCUACUGUUUAUUCCAGCUUUAAUGGGAGAAAUGUUUUGGGCUGCUGCCAUCUUCUCUGCCUUAGGUGCCACUAUAAGUGUGAUUAUUGACGUUAACAUCAAUAUUUCAGUCAUUAUUUCUGCUCUGAUUGCAACUAUGUACACGCUUGUGGGAGGGCUUUAUUCUGUGGCCUAUACUGAUGUAGUUCAGCUCUUCUGCAUCUUCCUGGGACUGUGGAUCAGCGUACCCUUUGCAAUGUCCCAUCCGGCAGUGACAGACAUUGGGCUCACGGCUGUGCACCAUGUGCAUCAAGCACCUUGGCUUGGAUCUAUCAACUCACUUGACAUUUACACAUGGCUGGACAAUUUCCUUUUAUUGACCUUAGGAGGAAUCCCAUGGCAAGCUUAUUUCCAGCGAGUUCUCUCCUCAUCUUCUGCCACGUAUGCUCAAGUUUUAUCAUUUCUGGCUGCUUUUGGCUGUAUUGUGAUGGCUCUUCCUGCAAUACUCAUUGGUGCAAUUGGAGCAUCUACAGCCUGGAAUGAGACCGAGUAUGGUGUCCCUGACCCCAUGACUAAAAAAGAAGCAGAUAUGAUUUUACCAAUCGUGCUCCAGUACCUUUGCCCAGUCUAUAUCUCAUUCUUUGGCCUCGGUGCGGUAUCUGCUGCUGUGAUGUCAUCGGCUGACUCUUCAAUUUUAUCAGCAAGUUCCAUGUUUGCUCGGAAUAUUUACCAGCUUUCCUUUCGGCAAAAUGCUUCAGACAGGGAACUAGUGUGGGUCAUGAGAAUCACUGUUUUUCUUUUUGGAGCAUCAGCAACAGCAAUGGCACUGCUAGCUUCAUCUGUGUAUGGCCUGUGGUACCUCAGCUCUGACCUUGUCUAUAUCAUCAUAUUCCCCCAGCUCCUGUGUGUGUUGUUUAUUAAAGGAACCAAUACCUAUGGUGCCAUUGCAGGAUACUUAUUCGGCCUUGUUCUCAGAAUAACUGGAGGGGAACCAUACCUCUACCUUCAGCCCUUGAUCUACUACCCUGGCUGCUAUCCAGAUGAAAAUAAUAUCUAUAUUCAGCGAUUCCCAUUCAAAACGCUUGCUAUGCUUACCUCCUUCUUUACUAACAUUAUAGUGUCCUAUUUAGCCAAAUACUUAUUUGAGAGUGGGACUUUGCCACCAAAGCUGGACUUCCUUGAUGCUGUUGUUGCCAGGUACAGUAGAGAACACAUGGACAAAGCGACUCUUGUAAAAAGUGACAAUAUUGUAUUAAACGAACUUGCACCUGUGAAUCCACGACACAGUCUAACUUUGAGCUCAACUUUCACAAACAAGGAAGCCUUCAAUUACGUUGAUUCGAGUCCAGAGCUGUCCAAUGCUGAAGACAAUUAACAAAUCUGGUAGCCCCAGGCAAAACAACACAAAGCAGGAUAUUCUAGAAAUAAUAGUAAGAGGCGUUUUAUCAGAAGAAAAGCAAGAACUGGUAAUAAAAUGCCACUGCACAAUUCUUUAAGUUGUUUCUAGGAGCAGGAUCAUCCCAUGGGAGGAAUCUUCUUCUGCUAUUAUCUAACCUGUUGGAUCAGGUCAUAGAGUGUUUGACAAAAGAUAAACCCAUUCUUUCCACCCAGAAUUAUAUACUGUGUAAUUAAAAAAAAAAAAAAUAAUAAUUUACAAUUGAAAAUAUAUGUAGCAGAAAAAGGGCAAGUUAUACAGCUAGGACAUAGUGUGAAGAGAUUAUAAUACAGACACUCUGAAAUACUAUCAGUCACAACAUUUUAUUUGCAUUAAGUGAAAAUAUAUUGUCACAGUUAUAAGUGAUUUAUUACUGAAGAGCUAGCUGCUUGAGCAAAGACAGAUAGAUAACCUCCCUGGGGUUUUGGUCUGGUCAUUUUUUUCCUUAUAAAGAAAUUCAUAUACUACAAAUCUAGUAUUUUAUUGUUUCUCUAAGACAGCAAAAUGUGCAAAUAGUAAACUCUCAUAGGAGUGCUAAACAUAUUUUAAUUUAAAAAAAUAAAAUGAAGUCACCAGUUUAAAAUUAUGUUAUACUUAAUGCAAGCCAACAUUAAGCAAAGUAUGUUACUGUAGGUGUUCUUUUUUUCCUGUGCUUAGUGGCUGUUACCAAUGGAGGAUAACAAAAUUUUUAAAGCAAUAAUGAGAACUGAAACUCAGUUGUGAAAAAAUGACUGAACUCAUAUAAGCUAAAUAGAACUUUUCAGUGUUGAGAAAAGAAGCCUUAUGUUGACUUAUCAAAAAUGAACACAGAGCAAAGCAGUCUGACACCAAGAAACUGGAGCAAUGGAACAAAUAUUGGAAAGCAAGCAGAGUCAAGAAGGCUUGAAAAUGAGGGUAAGAGGGGUUUACAUUCGGAAAAUUCCUAAGUUUAACAAAAGUAAGUAUUCUUAAAGACGCUAAAAAACCUUUUGGAAUGGUCCUGCUGAGAUUGCUCUGGAAAGUGUCAAUCUUCCGUGGAAAACCACAUUUUCUCAAAAAAUUUGAUUUCCCAUGUGAAAAACAGGCUUGCUGGACAGAUUUCCAUGUCUGUAAGUGGUAGUAGCAUCGUGGAGGGGAACUGAAAGACAAACCCACAAGCAUAGUGAAAGGCACAGUGGUGUCUUCCACUAAAUGCUGAACUCCUUCAUUUACAGUCAUCUUCCUGGGCCCUCACGGUGACUCUGCAGAGCAUCAGCAGUGGCCAGGCACAGAUGAGACUUUACUCACGAAUGGCAUCACUGGCCAGAAACAGUGGUGAGGUGAAACCUCUUCCAACUUUGCCCUGGCCAGCAGGGAACAUGUAAUGUUGUUUCCAUUUGCCCAAGGCCAAGAUGACUGUGUCUGUCUCCAUUGGUAUGUGCCUUUCACAGCAGUGAUCCAAUAGCUAGCUUUCUGAACAAUUAAGUUAUGCCCCAAUAAUUCUUUCUAAUAUCUACUCACGACACAAAAUGUUCAACUGAAAUCCAGGUAUCUUCCUGUUGCUGAUCACUGGUGAAUAUUUUUCUUUAACAUUCACACCAUGAGGAUUAUACUGGAAGAUAGGAGAUGUAAGAAUAGGUUUUGCUGCUAAAGGAAGAAGCCAUCAACUUGUGCAUUCAAUGUAAACAUAAACAUUCACAAGGUUGAAUCCUUAGAUAUGUUUUUGCUCCUUUUGUGGAGUUUUAACGGCAUAUAUAUAUUUUAUACAUAGAGAAAAUUAGUUUUAGAGGUUUUUACUUUUUUUUUUCCUCCAUACAUUGCAUUUUAAAAUAACACUACAUCUCAGUUCUGAAUAUGAUUGUGAAUGGAAUCAUACUACUGUGCUAACAAAUACUGAGUGUGCUCUGAAUGGAGGGAAUCAAAAUCAGGAUCUGCACUAAAACCAGAAGAGACAAUAGAGAUAAGAAAGGAAAAAUUCCUGCUGGGUGACUGAACAAGCCACUGAUGAAAUUCAGGGUGCUGAGGAUCUCACAAACUGGAUACAAGCCCAGCACUACUCAUUGACCUAUGAACUAUGGAAAAGAGAAGAGGAAAGAGAUUAUCUGGAAGAAAGAGAGGGGAAAACAGAGCCACUGCUGAAUUAUUAUCCAUUUCUGACCGAAAUCCACUAGCCCGAAUCCCUUGUUAUUAGAAAAUAUAAAGCCAUGGUUUUGCUUCCUUACAUAGUCCAUGCCUUAUGCUGCAGCUCCUAAUUGUUAGAGGAUCCCAUUUUACAGCCACCUGAAGGUCUUCCUAAAAAAUUUUCCCUUACCUCAGUUUUGUCAAGGAAUUCCUAGAUUUUCACUAUGAGAUGAAGCAUAGUGGCCAUAUACCUUGAAUACAGCAGCAUUUCGGUGUUAUUUAUUGCAAAAUGUCCAUUAGUGGGAGGAGAAGGAAAGGAGAAGGGGAUUCAUCUGGAAUCAUGUAAGAAAAUAAGACUGAAAAAAAAAAAAAAAUUCCUUUUAUAUUUUAUUCCCUUGUUACCAUAAAAAUGUAAAGGCUUUUCAAAUUCUCAAACGGAAAA